AUGUCUUUUGAUAUCACCUUUUUGGGCACUCUGGGUGGGCCCAUUGAGGCCAGUACAUGUGCCUUAUUGGUGAAGCCACACGGCGUUGAGUACUCUUCAAUCUCGCCAGCCAAUCUGCCCCUUUUGCAGAUAGACGCAGGUUCUGGCUACCUACUGUUGGCUGAACUCAUAGCUGAUAAGCAGAGCCCGUCCCGGUUGCUUCGUUUGUAUGGAGAUUGUGGCAAAAUUGAGGAUUACGUGGAGCUCGAGCCGUGUUUUCCUUUUGCAGACUUGUCAGAGAACGCUUUUGGCAGUCUGAAGCGUGUUAUGCUGUGUGUCCCCACAGUUCUCCUAACCCACCCCCACCUCGAUCACAUAGCGGCGUUGGUACUCAAUCUGGCAGAAGUGGAUUUCAGAAAUAACGGUCUCACCGUGUACGGCUCGCAAUUCACCGCCGAAACCAUCAAAAAGCAUAUCUUCAACGGGAAAGUCUGGCCUGACAUGAUAUCGUUGGGGACGUUCGCAUUGGCUCCUGUCGAAGCAAAGUCCCCUUUCACCACCAACAACGGCAUUUACAAAGUCACCAUGUUCGAGCUCCAGCACGGCGUGACCCACUCAGAUAACGGUCCCGUGCCUUACUUGUCCCUGGCAUACCUUAUACAUCAUAUACCGUCUAACAGCCGACUACUCGUAUUUGGUGAUUUUGAAGCAGAUAGCAAUCUGGGCAAGGAGUACAAUCGCCAAAUAUGGCUUAAAAUGGCUCCAUUCAUUACUGAUGGGUCGCUCAAGGCUAUUGUUUUGGAGUGCUCCAUGGCUACUCAGAAAGAACCAGCAGAGCUUUACGGCCAUUUGAUGCCCCAGCAUCUAAUAGGAGAACUUGAGGUCCUCCUGGCUUUCUCUUCCAAGUCAUUGAAUGACUUUAACGUCAUAGUCACACAUGUGAAAGACACCCCAGGUGCCCUAGAGCCUAGAAAGCAGGUAUUACAAGAGCUUCGGGACUUGGCAAAACAAAGCGGAUUAGGCGUUCGUUUUUCCAUGGCAUUGAGUGGUCUUUCGGUGACGAUAUAG